UUUUGUGAACCCGCUGUCAGUUAGCGCGCCCGUUGGCACUGGAAAGAUUGAAAGUGACACGCAGAUUGUUUUGCGCGAAAUUGUGACUGUUCUAUCGAGAUUUCUUCAGUUAACACCUUCUCUUUGUCGCAGACAUUUUGAUUUCGGUCUGUUUUGCUUUGAGCGACUUGGUUGUUUUGCCUGUUGUUGUUCACUUGAACAUUUUCCAUAUGAUGCGUUUUGCGUUUUCCUUGUUCCCGCCGGUGAAGAAGCCACGAGUUCAGAAGAGGACCGAUUUGUGGCUCGGCCGUGUCUAACCGGGGACGACAGGACACAACGUGCGAUCAAACGACUCCAACUGGCCGGUUGACAAGUUUAUCUGCGCCGCGAGACGCAGCGGCUCGAGCUCCAGCAAGAUCCCCGCGCACUCAGCAAGCAAACCUCGACGCACUGGUCUCGAGCGAAAGAGACACACUCUCUCUCUCUCUCUCUUUCUCUCUCUCUCUCUGAGGCGAACACCUCUCUCACACAGACAAUAAACCAACGCACAUUGUCUACCUUUGUCUCCCAUCUCUCUCAUUUCUCUCGGACUCGCUCACAUCCAGCGCUUGGGGCACGAAGUUGUGUCCACCAGCACAGACUCCAGCGGAUCUCUGCCGGUCGUGGACCCGACGCAGCCCAGCCCUGGAUUCAAUAAUUUUAAUCAAUGGACAGAGCCUCCUCAACGGCCAGCAGAGGUACAGACACCCCAUAAACAGCCCUUACCCUCUGGCAGUAGCCCCCCCUGGUGGUUGGAGGGGGAUGGAGCGUGGUGGCGGGGAGAGCCCCCGCAUGCAGGACAGUCCUGAGCGGGAGCGGCGGGGGAGCAGCCCGGACUUCAGUGGACCCCCGCCAGGGAAGAUGGGGCGUUUGGAGCUCAAUGGGAGCCCCACUGGGCCACGCCUCCUACGCCACAACGGCCACCCACACAGACCUCUGGGAGGUCUGAUGAUCCCAGUGUUCUGUGUGGUAGAGCAGGCAGGGCCUGACGGAGGGAUGCAACGUGAACGAGAGCGUGAGGAGGUGGAGAGGAAGGAGGGACACAGAGAGGAGCAUGCUGAGUUUGUCCUGGUCAGGAAAGAUAUCCUCUUCAACCAGCUGGUGGAGACAGCCCUGCUGGCCCUGGGGUACUCCCACAGCUCAGCAGCUCAGGCCCAUGGCAUCAUCAAGGUGGGUCAUUGGAACCCUCUGCCCAUCCACUUCCUAUCAGAUGCUCCUGAAGCCACGGUGGCUGAUAUGUUGCUGGAUGUCUAUCACAUGGUCACCCUCCGCAUUCAGCUACAGAGCUUUGCCAAGCUGGAGGACCUUCCGUCAGAGCAGUGGAACCACGCCACGGUGAGGAACGCCCUCAAGGAGCUUCUCAAGGAGAUGAACCAAAGCACACUGGCCAAGGAGUGCCCCCUCUCACAGAGUAUGAUUUCCUCAAUAGUAAACAGCUCCUACUAUGCCAAUGUCUCCACUGCCAAAUGCCAGGAAUUUGGACGCUGGUACAAGAAGUACAAGAAAAUCAAAGGAGAUUAUCUGGAGAAGAUGUGGCCAGGAAGAGAUAAUUCAGAAAUCAAAGUGGAGAGAGACAGCCUGGCAGACUUCUGUGUCAUGGGCCAUCGUCCCCCUCCCCACCCGGCCAGCCUGGCCCAGCUCAGCCACCUUGGAGUGGGUGGAGGUACCCUCCUCAAGGGUGGAUCUGGAGACCCCCACAACCCCUCCCAACCCCCAACAACAACCCCAAACAACACCCCCUCGCCCCACGGCCAGCUCCACCACAGCCCCCCUCUGCGUGGCCAGAUCCCCCCUCCCGGCCCUCCAGCCUCCCUUCAGCCUCUCCUUGGCCCAGGUGGGCUUCUCUCCCCCCAGCUUAGCCCUCAGCUUGUCCGACAGCAGCUAGCCAUGGCUCACCUCAUCAACCAGCAGCUCGCUGUUAACCGCCUGCUAGCCCACCAGCACCCACAGGCCCUCAACCAGCAGUUCCUCAACCACCCUCCCAUCCCUCGGCCCUCCAAGGCAGGGGGCCCUGGGGACCCCGGGAACAACCCGUCUGCUGCGGAAGUCUCCACUGAUAUCUACCAGCACGUCAGGGACGAACUGAAGAGAGCUAGCGUCUCACAGGCUGUGUUCGCUCGCGUGGCCUUCAACAGAACACAGGGCCUGCUGUCGGAGAUCCUGCGGAAGGAGGAGGACCCUCGCUCUGCCUCUCAGUCCCUGCUGGUCAACCUCAAAGCCAUGCAGAACUUCCUCAACCUCCCUGAGGGGGAGAGAGACCGUAUUUACCAGGAGGAGCGUGAGCGCAGCAUGAACCCCCCUGUCGGCCUGCCCCCUACCCCUAGCUCCAGCCCCGGGGGCCCCCGCCUCUCACAGAAGGUGUGGGAGAGAGGACUGGACGAACAGCUCACUCCUGACGCCUGGGCUUCUAUCUGGAAGAAUAAGACUAAAAUCUCCAACUCGCCCAAGCCGCCAUGCCUCAACCCAGACCUGCCCCUGAAGCUGGAGUCUCUGGUCAACAUCACGUCAGGUAUCUAUGAUGAGAUCCAGCAGGAGAUGAAGAGGGCGAAGGUGUCUCAGGCGCUGUUCGCCAAGGUGGCUGCCAACAAGAGCCAGGGCUGGCUGUGUGAGUUGCUGCGGUGGAAGGAGAACCCUAGCCCAGAGAACCGUACUCUGUGGGAGAAUCUGUGUACCAUCCGGAGGUUCCUGACCCUGCUCCAGACAGACAGAGACCUGGUGUAUGAAGAGGAGUCCAGGCACCACCACAGUGAGAGGCUGCAUACUGUACUACACCUGCCCCAACAACCACAGGCACUGCACAGACAACCCCCACAACCCCUGAAGGACCACUCCCCGAUGCGCGAGGACCCCAUGCCCCUCCAGGGUAACGAUGAAGAGUCCCCGAAUGUUGAAAGAGUCAGUUCAGGAGUCGGUGGUGGCGUGGUCAUUAAGAAGCCUCGGUCGCGCACUAAGAUCUCUCUAGAAGCCCUGGGCAUCCUGCAGAGCUUCAUCCAGGACGUGGGUCUUUACCCGGACCAAGAGGCCAUCCACACUCUGUCAGCCCAGCUGGACCUGCCCAAGCACACCAUCAUCAAGUUUUUCCAGAACCAGCGCUACCACGUCAAGCAUCACGGCCGGCUGAAGGAGCUGGGGGAGGGGGGCGGUGGUGUGGACGUCAGCGAAUACAGAGACGAGGAGCUCCUCUCCAGCUCAGAGGACCCUGAGUCCAGCGAAGACGGUCAUGAGGAGAUGUACCCCACUACAGAGAGGGAAAGAAGGGGAAGCAACCCAGCAGGUUCAGCCCCUGCCCUGGCACCAGCCCAGCCUUCAGGGACCAGCAUGGGGGCCAUGGAGGAGGGCAAGGACAAGGGGCAUUCUCAUGGUCUGAGUGGGGGCCGAGCCAGCUCCCUGCCCCCUGGUAGCUCCUCAUCCAGCCCCAGAGAGCAGGCUGACUUCCAGAGAUAGAGACCCAGAGACCAGAGGAGAUGCAGAAAGAGAGCGAGACCCAGACAGGCAGACAGACAGACAGACAGACAGACAGACAGACAGACAGGCAGGCAGAC